AUGGACGGCCACGGCAACGGCGACGCCAGCAGCAGCAGUCAGUCGGCCGAGCUGCAGCAUGCAAGUCUUGCGUCUGCUCAAACAGCCAAUGCCGAAGCAGGCUCUGCAUCUCCGCUUCUGUCGCCGUCCCUGGGCGCAGCCGCAGCGGCAGCCACAGCACUGGCGACAGCAGCGGGGACGGGAGUUGGCGACACGAGCGCGUCGCACGUACCACCGACGAGCCACGUUCGCGGCUCGACACUCGUGUCGCCCGUGCCCGUCGCCUCCCUGAACUCUGCCGCAGCCCCAAUCACGCAUGCCGCAGCCUCUGCCGCCGCAGCCGCCGACGAUGACGACGACUCGAGCGAGGAGGGCGACAUGGACGAUCCAGAGCUGGACGAGCAGGUCAUCGACCAGUCUCCAGGCGGCCGCUACAUUUGUUACGAUGAAGUCCUUGGCACGGGUGCAUUCAAGACUGUCUUCAAGGGCCUGGAUACCGAGGAGGCGCGCGAGGUCGCCUGGAACGAGCUCAAGACAUCAUCGCUCAGCAAGAAAGACCGGCAAAAGUUCCUCGAGGAGGUCAAUAUUUUGAAGCAGCUGCGCCACCCAAACAUUCUCGUGUUUUACGACUCGUGGUUUAAGCCAAACCGGAAAAAGCAGCUCGUCUUCAUCACCGAACUGAUGACCUCGGGGACGCUCAAGCAGUAUCUGCAGCGCGUCAAGAUGGUGAAGCCUCGCGUCUUGAAGAACUGGUGUCGUCAGAUUCUGCAGGGCUUGAACUAUCUGCACACGCGCGAGAUGCCCAUCAUCCACCGCGAUCUCAAGUGCGACAACAUUUUCAUCAACGGCAGCAACGGCGAUGUCAAGAUUGGUGACAUGGGUCUCGCCACCCUCAAGAAUGACUCGCACGCCGCCUCUGUGAUUGGCACGCCCGAGUUUAUGGCCCCGGAAAUGUACGAGGAAAACUACACCGAGAAGGUGGACAUUUACGCGUUCGGCAUGUGCGUCCUCGAGAUGGUCACGCUCGAGUAUCCAUACAGCGAGUGCAGCAACGCUGCGCAGGUCUUCCGAAAAGUGACACAGGGUAUCAAGCCGCAGUCGCUCGAAAAGGUCACAGAUCCCGCGACUCGCGAGUUUAUCGACUCUUGUCUUCAGCCCGACGCGAGUCGGUUCAUCCCUUCCUUCACGACGAAGCAGAAGACGAGGAUCUUCCUUCACGACGAAGCAGAAGAGGAGGAUCAGCAGCAGCAGCAGCAACAACAGCAGCAGCAGCAGCAGCAACAGCAGCAGCAGCAACAGCCAGAAUCACAAUCUUCAGGCCUGAGCGUCUCUCUCAACUCGUUGUCGUCGCAGCUGGACUUGGCUCUCAACUCGUUGUCGUCGCAGCUGGACUUGGCGGCCUCUUCCAGCGGACACUCGUUGCAAGUUUCUGAGAGCAUGUUCCUUGACGAUUCGUCCCCGAACGUUAGUGUGUCAGACCCAGAUCUGCUUCCGUCGCGAGACAUGGAUCGGACGUACUCGGACGCUUCGCUGUCCAGCGUCAACGCUCGCUCCAGUGUUCAGUACAGCGACAGCGAAUCGCUGCUUGCCGGCGUGCCGGGUGGCGACUUUGAGCCCUCCCUGAGCGACGCGGGCUCUGUGUUGGCGAGCAAUGCUUUGCAUGAGAGUGGGAGCGCACCCGACCCGGCUCUGGUCGACGAAGCGGUGGAUGCGUCCCUGAGCAACGACGCGUCGGAGUCGGCCGCAUCCGGGGCUAAUGUCGAACUCGAGAGGCAGUCUAGCGGCGAGUUCGAUGCUCAGCAAGUCCGCGAAGGUCUGGACGCCGACGUCGAGCUGGUCUCUGUCGAGGACGACAGCGUGCGGUUGCGCUUCCUCGUGUUUGUUCGCGAGGGCGACGAGUUGAAAAAGAAGCGCAUCGAGUUCAAUUUUGCGCUGUACGACGAUUCGCCCGAAGAGGUUGCCACGGAGAUGGUUCAGUCCAACUUGUUGGCUGCCAGCGAUUGCCAGCGUGUGAUUGAAGGUAUUACGCGUAUCGUCGAGCAGCAGUUCCAGAUGCGCGGCGACUAUGACGGCAUGCUCGAUCCCAACACCGAUCCGCUCGACUCGAGCGGUACCUAUGCUGCGCGGCCAGAAGUGAAUGGCGAAUUUAACAGCAUGUCCGAGUUUGUGCGCUUGAAUCUCGCAGCGGCGACUGCUGGCGGCGCAGAUGGCGAUGGAUCGGGCCCCACUUCUUCGUCGGACACCCAGCAGGCGCAUUUGCAAAGCGGCGAGGGGAAUGAUGACACGGUGCUUUCCGAAGACCUGGCCCGCACCCCGCCCAGCACCCAGCACGCCAGUUUCGUCCAGCCGCUCGGUCAGGAUGCUUCUGCCACGUCCACGGGAUCGUCCAUCAAUUCAAUCGCCUCCGCGUCGAGCGCUUCUCGCAACCUUCGCAGUCGGUCUCCUCGCGCGGGCUUGUCGACGUCUCCUCACUCGAUGCACGUGCGUCGAGCUUCUGGCUCGCGCGCCACUUUCACCGCUGGCGCCAACAACAUGACGAUUGUGACGACAGACGCGACAAAUGCUGCACAUCGGAAGUUGACUCGAACAAUCACCGCCACCACCACGGCCACAACGCCCUUGCCCCGCAAGUCGCUCUCGAACGGCGCUCUGAUCAAUUCCGACUCGGCUGGUCUUCGAACCGAGCUCAUUCACUCUCCAGUUUCCUCCACCGAUGGUGUCGCCCCGUCCCCAGCUCCCAGCUUGCCCUCUGCCACCAGCCCUUACAAUCGCAACGUGGCUGGCUUGGGCGCGAUUCCCGGCUCUCCCAGCACGACGUCAGCUCCCCCAGUCGAUUUCACGCGGCGUGACAGUGAUACGCGGCUCACCACCAAUUCCGAACCGGACGUCGGUACUGCAGGAACGAACUUUGGGUCUCCAGUUGCAUCUCAGCAGCAGUCGCCGCAGCAUCCGGGCGCUCUUGGGCAAGCUGCUUUUACCCAGAGUGCCGCCGGCCAGCAGCAGCAGCAGCAGCACCAAACGCAUCAACUGCCGCAACAGCAGCAAGUGCCGCAACAGCACCAACCACAACACCAACUUCAACAACAGCAACAUCACCAUCCGCAACAGCAACAUCCGCAGCAGCACCAGCAGCAGCAACCUCCCACGCAACAACCGCCAUUCCAGCACCAAGGGCAGCCGGUCUUUCAACCACAGCAGCAGCAGCAGCAGCAGCAACAACAACAACAACAACACCCGCCCUUGCCCUUGGCAUCCCAAUACCCGACCGCCACACCCGCGUCUCCACCAGUCACUGGGUUGCCGCACGCUGUUUUGCAAAACGUUGCGUUCACUCAGCUGGACACCCGACGCCCUUCCGUUCCUUCUGGGGCGCCCUCUGUCGACGAUUUCCCGUUGGGUGCGUCUGCUUCCAUGGACGGCGUCAACGCGUCGCUAACACAACAGCUUCAGGCUGAGCAUUUGCACCAAUCGUCCCAGCCGGCACAGAUGCAGCCAUUGACUGCACAGCUUUCUCAGCGGACUUACCAACCGCACGGCGCUGUCUACGCGCCGAAUCCGACGAUUCUCGGUUUGCAGCACCAAUUCCCCAUCAACUCGGGCGUGCCAGUGAUGACGCAGCCGGCGGUCUCGUCCGUCUCUGGCACCCUCCCCCGUCGCCGGAACCUGAUCACGCUUCCAGGUGUUGAAGCGCAAAGCGCAACGUUGCACCACCAGCAACAAAUGCUUGGCAUCCAAAUUUCCCAGCUCAUGCAGCUGCAGGCGACGUUGAGCGAAAAUCAAAGCGCCGCCGCCCAGGACGAGUGGGACGAGACGGUUCGCCGUCAUUUUGUUGAUUUCGAGACAAUGUGCCAGCGUCAUCUGGCUGAAAUGCGUGAGGCGCUCGAUGCCCACCGCGAGGAACGCAACGCGCUUCUGUUGCGCAUUCAAGCCAGCGCGCAACUGGCCGAGCAACAACAACUGGCCGAGCAGCAGCAACUGCUCGCUCAGCAGCAGCUGUUGUCGCAAUCGUCCAGCUUCAGCAGCUCUGUUGGCAUGUCGCUUGCGAGCAUGCACCCGCCGUCCGCUCAACAACAGCAUCCGCAAAUGCAACAGCAGCCCAUUCAACAACAACAGUUGCAACAACAACAACAACAACAACAGCCCCAACCGAUUCAGGCUCCACAACAACAACAACAGCAGCAGCAACAACAACAGUCUCAGCUGCCGCAACCAAUGCCCCAGCAACAAGCCCAACCAUUGCCUCAGCAGCAACUGCAUGCGCCUCAAUCGGCACCGCCCUCGACGCAACAACCACAAGCGCAGCCCAUUCACCAUCCGCAAACGAUGUUGUCGCCUCAGGCCACCCCGGCUCAGCCUCAACAACCGGUCAACCAAGUCCACACGAUGCUGCCGACUCUUCAGCAAGCGGCUUUCACCUCUCCCCCUUCAGCGGCAUCCCAGUCUCCUGUUUUUGCCACAAGCACCCAGCAGCAGCAGCAGCAGCAGUUACCGCAGGCACAGCAACAACAGCAGCCGCAGCAGCAGUUUGUGGCCAACCAGGUUUCGCUCCCAUCUCAAGCACAGCAGCCACCGCAGCCUCAACAACCACUGCCUCAGCCGUCGUAUCAGUCGCAGCAGCAGCAGCAGCAGCAGCAGCAGCAGACGCC